UUUAAAGGGACAAUUGCAUUUCUUGAUCGUUUGGAUAUACGAUAAGUCAUCAUGUUACGCUUUGGCAGUCGCGGAUGCCAGCGGCUGGUAGCCGGAUGUGGCCACUUUUCAACUCGAAAAAUGAGUACUGCAAAGUCUCUUGUACCAGAACCGCAGGAAAAACAAGUCAAAUUAGAUAACUCAACGUCGAUUCACUAUGUGGAGGCCGGAUUGGGCGAAAAAGGAUUGUUGCUGCUUCCGGGAGCCCUCGGAACCGCUUGGAGCGAUUUCAAGCCACAGAUCGAGCAACUUCCUGGGCUGCUGCCCCGCUACAAGGUGAUCGCUUGGGAUCCGCCCGGAUACGGAAAAUCUCGUCCACCGGAUAAGGAAUUUUCGGAAGAUUUUUACGAACGGGAUGCCCAGGAUGCUUGCGAGCUGAUGGAGCGAAUCGGUUUCAGGAAUUUUUCGGUUCUUGGCUGGAGCGAUGGUGGAAUAACGGGACUCAUCAUGGCCGGCACUUACUCAACACGGAUCGAGAAGUUGGCCAUUUGGGGCUCUAACGCCUACAUUGCCGAGGAAGAGGCAUUAGCGUUCGAAAAAAUGCGUGAUGUCAGCACUUGGUCCGCACGUAUGAGAGCUCCCAUGGAGAAGAUCUACGGCGCUGAAGGAUUUCCGAGAAUUUGGUCCGCCUGGGUCGAUGGCAUGCUGAGAAUCUACAACGGAUCAAGGAAGGGUGACAUUUGCCGCAAUAUAUUGAAACAAAUUACGGCACCCACAUUCAUUCUUCAUGGUAGCAAAGAUCCGAUGAUCAUACCGGAACAUAUCCCGAUGCUGAUGAACAACAUUAGGGACACUGAUUUACACGUUUUUCCGGAAGGGAAGCACAACAUUCAUCUGAGAUAUGCAGAAGAAUUCAACAAGCUUGUUAGCGAUUUCCUUAAAAAGUAGAGUCCCUAAUUACUCCACUAUCUACACUUUACAGGGUUCCUUACUAUACUUUCAUAUACAAUAUAUCCUAUAGCUUUAAAUUAACAAAGAUUAUAAUUUAUUAUGGUUCAAAAGUGUAACUUGUCAUUAGUAGGUAGAUAGAUUUUCAUACAACAAUACAUAUUUUAUACUUCUAGAAGAAUUUUUAUUGUUUUAAAGGCAUGUUCAUAACUAAUAAUGCUGUAUAUUUAAGAAAAAGAAAUUGUGAUUCGAACCGAAUUAUGAAUACAAGAAAACAGUUCUCAUUGAAAAAUUGUUAGCAUAAAUUUAGGAGAACUGAUAAAAUAUUGGGAAUAUGUGGUUAUAUUAAUUUUUCCGUUCAAAGUUGAAAUUCAAAGUAAAUUUACAAAAAUUUUACUUUCUUUUUAAUGAAAU